AUGCCGCCUCCAAGAGUGGACGAUGAGGCUCCCAUGCCUCCAGAAGACAGCGGGAUCGACUCUUCUGGCCCAAGAAGGUCCAGCAGUGGCAGCACUGCUGCUACUUACAACAAUACUGAGAAGGGCGGUGCCGUUGCCGGACAGGGCGGUGUCAUCUCCAACGAGAUAGCCGGUCAACAGAAGGCUACUGUUGGAGCCUUGCUGAAGAACCCCUUGGCUGGAAUGACAGACGCUCAGGUUAUCGCUGACGCAGACCGUUUCGUCGAGGAAAAGGGCCUAACUGAGUACCGUGAGGCCUUUAGGAAGGGCGCAAUGCUUGCCAAGGUGCAAAACAACGACACGGCAUUCGAGCGCCUAGAUAUCAUAACUGAGCAGGAGAAGGAAACUCUGCGCAAGGAAGUCAAGAACAGGUGGCACCAGCCAUUCAUGCUCUACUUCCUUUGCUCCUUGUGUGCGGGAAGUGCCAUUGUACAAGGAAUGGACCAAACAGCUGUCAACGGAGCGCAGGAAUUCUACUAUGAAACAUUCAACAUCCGCAACGAACUCAUGCAGGGGCUACUGAACGGAGCCCCCUACCUUUGCUCGGCCUUGAUUGGUUGCUGGACGAACCCUAUCCUGAACAAGUGGACUGGUAGAAGGGGAACAAUCUUCAUCUCGUGUUUUGUGUCUACGGUAACUGGUUUCUGGAUGGCGGCAGCCGACACCUGGUACAACCUGCUCAUUGCUAGAUUUGCGCUCGGUUUUGCCGUUGGUGCCAAGUCCAGCACCACUCCCGUCUACUCUGCCGAAUGUACACCAAAAGCCAUCAGGGGUGCACUUACGAUGCAGUGGCAGAUGUGGACUGCGUUCGGUAUCAUGUUGGGCUUUGUUGCCUCGGUUGCUUUUGCUGGUGUCGACUUCCUCGGCGAGAACACGCAAUGGCGUUGGAUGCUGGCGUCAACCUCAAUUCCUCCCUUCCUCGUCAUGAUCCAGGUUUACUUUUGCCCGGAAAGUCCCAGAUGGUAUAUGGAGCGAGGAGAAUUCGCAAAGGCAUUCGGAUCGGUACGAAGACUACGGUUCCUCGAAUGCCAGGCCGCGCGAGACAUGUACUACGCCUACAAACUCCUGGAAAUUGAGCAAGCUCAGCGCGAAGGCCGGAAUCUGCUCAAGGAGUUCUUCACCGUCCGCCGUAACCGCCGAGCCGCUCAGUCGUCAUGGUUUGUCAUGUUCAUGCAACAGUUUUGCGGAGUCAAUGUCAUUGCAUACUACUCUACAGCAAUUUUCCAGGAGGCCGGUGCCUCGCGCGACACAGCCCUUCUCGCUUCAUUGGGUGGCGGAGCAAUCAACUUUAUCUUUGCGAUCCCAGCCAUAUACACCAUUGAUACCUUUGGGCGACGCAACCUACUUCUCGUUACUUUCCCUCUCAUGUCUCUUAUGUUAUUUUUUACUGGCUUUUCAUUCCUUAUCCCUGACUCUGCCGGGGAUGCGAAGCUCGGUUGCAUUGCCACUGGUAUCUACCUUUUCAUGAUGGUUUACUCCCCUGGAGAGGGGCCUGUUCCUUUCACCUACUCCGCUGAGGCUUUCCCGCUGCAUAUCCGCGAUAUCGGAAUGAGUAGCGCUACUGCCAUCACGUGGGGCUUCAAUUUCAUCAUUUCCUUCUCCUGGCCGGCACUCCUGAAGGCCUUCGGUCCCACUGGUGCUUUCGGCUGGUACGCGGCAUGGAAUAUCUUUGGCUGGAUCUUUGCGUACUUCUUACUACCUGAAACCAAGAACCUCACCCUCGAGGAGCUCGACAUGGUCUUUGGAGUCAGCAACCGCGACCACGCCAAGUACUAUACGGACAAGUUGCCUUGGUAUUUGAAGAAGCACAUCCUACGCAAGGACGUCGAUAACUUCCCGCCGCUGUACCAGUUGGCUGAGGAUGAGGACCUCGCCGAGGUUCCGGCAGCCGCCAAGGUCGACGACAAAGCCGAUGACAAGCAGACACAGCCUAUGACGAGUCCCAAACUUGGGGUCGAACACGCUGAGGAGCCUCCCGUCUCUGGGGAUGAAAAGGUGAUCAGGUAA